AUGACUCUCUCUACCGCCAUGACCAUUACUGUCCGCGUCGCCGUCACUGGCUUCCUUUCGGUCUCUUGCUUCAGACGUGUUGUCGUCGACAAUACCGCUCAGGUCCUAUCCAAAGCAGAGAAUGCUUCCGCUGGCCUCGCUGUAUACUCUGUCUGCUUGUCGACGAUUACGCUGGUUCUCGCCGCCGACAAAGCUGCACAGAGGCUCCUCAGCAACGAGCCCAAGCAUAUGCUAGCCACUUCAAAGAACGCCAACGCCGACUUUAAUCCUCCAUCCGCUCAUGAUGUGACCGCCUCUGUCACGCCUCAGCCUGUUGAAUCAUCCCAUUUGCAGCCAUUUCCGUCUCCAUCUCAAUUGCGUUUAAUCGAAUCGGCAGGAACAAUAUCCGCCCCAUUUUCUACUUGCAUGCCUAAUGAAAAGACCACCGUAAAACCGUAUAAUUUGCAGCCAUCUCCCUUAUUGCGUUUAAUCGAAUCGACGGAAACAACGUCUGCCUCAACCACGUAUUCUAAUAUUUGUACGCCUUGCAUCACUCUCACUUCGCCGGACCUCUACUGCAAACGCCUGUCCAUCGAUUCCAGCACCACUCUUGUACCCCAUAAUGACGACUCAGUUCCCGACGUUUUCUCGGACGAUGGUGCCUGGGACGCCGACGACUAUAACUCGGAGUCGCUUCAAGUUAGCGACAAAAGCACUGUUCACAAGGACGAUCGUUCUAAACCACAGCCUCAGAAGGACCCUGCACUAGAACAUGUGCUUGAUAUUCUGAUUGCCAAAAUGACAGCUCUUACUCUCGAUGAUCCACCUCGUCCUUCGAAGCUUCGACCACUCAUUCUAGUCAACCGCCACAAGACAUUCUCUCUCUCAGACAGUCCAUCUACCGAUCCUGGCGUCGCCCUUCCUGGACCUGGCUAUCCCAUCGACGUGCCGACUCAAAUUAUGGAGGCUCUCUCUCUCGCCCAUCGCCCGUCUUCCACCUCGAAGCUGAAGCCUCUGAUCCUGGUUACGAAACUUGCCAACCCACGCUUCAAGCUACCUCUCACAACUACUGUACUUCGACAGCCUAGAUCCAAAACUACAGUGCGGAGCCAGACAUACUGGCCUUUUUCACUGAACCCUGCGAUCUGUGCACACCCACAGCCUGGGUCCCCUACGACCAAUUUGGACAACGGCCUCCUUCUGUCCCCUACGACCCGGAGCUUCACCGCCCAAGAAGUCGAAGGCCACUUCCAGUCUACGCACACUACACGUCAUGAGUCUCCGACAAUAGAGGUCCCCUACGACCCAAUCUUGACGACAAACUAA